CUCUUAAACCCCAUUUCCCUGUCCUCUCCUCUCUAAAACCCCAAAAAUCAGUACUACCAUUUCCGCUGUUCCUUAAACCCUUAAAUUCGCCGACCAAACUCCGGUGAUGACAAAAUUAUCGAAGCUAAAUGUAUCGAACCCCAAAAUCUGGGUUGUGAUCGGCGUCGGUGUCGCCGGAAUAUUGAUCCUGGCUGAAGUUCAACGGCGACGAUUGAAAGCCAGAAACUCAAUCAAAGAAGAUUUUGGCGCGUUCAUUGAACGCGUUGAGCUGCUUCCGUUUCCUCAACCACCUCCUCCUGCUGCUCCACUUUCCCUUUCUGCCCUCACUUUUGCCAUCAAAGACAAUAUUGAUGUGAAGGAAUAUGUGACGGGUUUCGGUAGUCCGGAGUGGAAGCGGACGCAUGAGGUGGCUACGAAGACAGCCAUGGUCGUGACUGCUCUUUUGAAGAAUGGUGCUACUUGUGUUGGAAAGACCAUCAUGGAUGAAUUCGGACUCGGGGUUACUGGAGAGAAUCUGCACUACGGUACUCCAACAAAUCCAAAAGUGCGAUCUCAUAGUCCGGGUGGCUCAUCCAGUGGUUCGGCUGUUGCUGUUGCAGCUGAACUAGUUGAUUUUGCUCUAGGUACUGAUACGACUGGGUGCAUUAGAGUACCAGCAGCAUUUUGUGGUGUCCUUGGGUUUAGACCAUCACAUGGAGCCAUAUCAACUAUUGGCGUCCUGCCUGUAUCGCAAAGUUUAGACAGUAUUGGAUGGUUGGCCCGUGAUCCAUCUGUGCUGCAUCGAGUUGGACAUGUUUUACUUCAGUUAGCAUCAGUUGAACCUAAGAGGACAAGAUACUUUGUCAUAGCCGAUGAUCUUUUUCAGCUGUGUAAAGUACCAAAGCAGAAGACGAUGUAUGUUGUGAGCAAAGUAAUAGAAAAAUUAUCUGGAUAUCAGACACCAAAACAUCUGAACCUUGGGCAGUAUAUUGCAUCAAAUGUACCCAGCUUGAAGGGUUUUCGUGAGGACUCAGCCAACCAGCAAAAUGGGAUGUCUACCCUGACGGCUCUCUCUUCUGUGAUGUUUCUUCUUCAAAGAUAUGAGUUUAAAACAAAUUAUGAAGAAUGGAUGAAAGCGGUGAAACCAAGGUUAGGUUCUAAAGUCUCCGCUCAUGUUGCUGCAGCAAUGACCUCGACUCCUGAGAAUAUUAAAAUUCUUUACAAAGUUAGGACCGAGAUGCGAGUUGCUAUGCAGAAUCUUUUGAAGGUAUCUUACGGCAGCUUAAAUAUGAAAUAAAAAAUUCUUGUCUAU